CAUAGACUUCUUCUUCCCCAAAAAGACUAAAAACGAAGCUAAGUAUUUUUUUUUUCUAAAAGAAGCCAAGUAUUUACUCAUACGUCAAUGACAAAGAGAGCGCUUUUGAUCGGGAUCAACUACCCAGGGACCUCCGUGGAGCUACGUGGCUGUGUCAACGACGUCCGUCGCAUGCAUAGAUGCCUAACCGACCGUUACGGAUUCUCCAACGACAACAUAACCGUGCUCAUCGACACAGAGACUUCUGGUCCCCAACCGACCGGCAAGAACAUCCGCGACGCUCUGAAUAAACUCAUCGCUGACGGGGAAUCUGGUGAUACUCUGGUGGUUCAUUACAGUGGACAUGGCACGAGACUCCCGACAGAGGAAGGAGUACUCGACGCCACAGGUUUUGACGAGUGUAUCACUCCUUGCGAUAUGAAUCUGAUAACUGACAAUGAGUUUAGAGAUAUGGUGGCAGAGGUCAAAGAAGGAUGUCGAUUGACGAUAAUCUCGGACUCUUGUCAUAGUGGUGGACUCAUAGAGGAAGCAAAGGAACAGAUAGGGGAGAGCCACGUAAAUCAUCCGAAACCACCCUGGUUUGCUAGUUUAUUUGCUUGCAUGCUAGCGACUUGUGGAACCUCAAGUUCCUGGAGAGGGCGUGGAGGCAGCCCUGAAAGAUUAACCAGAGAUAUCAAAUUCAAAUCAGAGGACGGUGAGACAGUCGAUAGGAAGACAAGAUCUAUACCUCUAGAUAGCUACAUUGCUCUUUUCAAGGAACAAACCGGACAAACCGAUGUUAAACCUGGGAAAAUCAGACAAACACUUGCCGAUGUAUUCGGCCAAGACUCAAGCCCUGGUGUGGCGAUUCUCUCCAGUUCGAUGAAGAUAAAUGGUGCAGGAAGUAAGCAUCCGGACAACGGGAUUUUGUUAAGUGGAUGCCAAACAGAUCAAAAAUCAGAGGAUGUUCAUGUGGUAAGCACUGGGAAAGCUUAUGGAGCAUUCAGUGACGCGAUUCAGACUAUAUUGUCGGCGACUGGUAAGGAUAAGAAGAUUACUAACAGAGACAUAGUUGUGAAAGCUAGAGAUAUUCUCAAGAGACGGAAGUUUAGACAACGGCCAGGUUUGUAUUGUCAUGACCGUUAUGUUAAUGAGCCGUUUAUAUGCUAGACACAUGAAGUUCAUUAUGUUACAUUUUUGUCGUAAAUUUGUAAAUUUGUAAUA